UUGCCAACGGUAACCAAUGAUAGUGCGGGGCAGGUGCUGGGUGCGGCAGGAUAAAAGCCUCGCGAGGGCGGCUGACGCAAUCCGAAUCGCAGCGCGUGCACGACGGUUGGGCAGGUGUGGAUUAUGCCACUUUUUAGGAAUUUGACCAAGAUUGCCAAACAGGCUCUGUUGAGCAAUGGUUGUAGUUGCCAUUUUCCUGCCGUGACUUUCAGGCUUAUGAGCUGGAGCCCCAGACAACUAAAUGCAGAUGCUAGCUUUCACUCAGCAUCUUUUGCUGAAUCUGAUCACCCCUGCGUUCUUAUCACUGGUGGAUUAGGCCAGCUUGGCAUAGGGCUUGCUAAAUUGUUAAGGAAACAUUUUGGUAAGAACAAUGUAAUACUCUCUGACAUCAGAAAACCCACAGAUGAUGUGUUUCACAGUGGGCCAUUUAUAUAUUCUGAUAUUUUGGACUUCAAAAAUCUGCGUGAAAUAGUUGUCAAUAAUCGUAUUACAUGGCUGAUUCACUACAGUGCCUUGCUGAGUGCUGUAGGAGAAGCAAAUGUACCUUUGGCACGCAGUGUCAAUAUAACAGGUCUGCACAAUGUCUUGGAUAUUGCAGCUGAACAUAACCUUCGCUUGUUUGUUCCGAGCACAAUUGGUGCAUUUGGACCAACUUCUCCCAGAAAUCCAACUCCUGAUCUCUGUGUACAACGACCUAGGACUAUCUAUGGGGUCUCUAAGGUUCAUGCAGAGUUAAUGGGUGAGUACUACCACCACAAGUAUGGCAUGGACUUCAGAUGUCUGAGGUACCCAGGCAUAAUUUCGGCAGACACCCAGCCCGGUGGGGGUACAACAGACUAUGCAGUUCAAAUUUUCCACGAUGCUGUAAAAACAGGGAAAUUUGAAUGUUAUUUGAGGCCUGACACAAAGCUCCCCAUGAUGUACAUUGAUGACUGUCUGCGUGCAACGCUGGAAAUCUUGGAAGCACCAACAGAGCAGCUUAAACUGAGAACCUAUAAUAUAAGUGCUAUGAGUUUUACUCCUGAAGAGCUGGUGACUGAAGUCCAAAAGCACCUGUCUGACCUUAAGGUCACUUACAAAGUUGAUAAAAUACGUCAGGAUAUUGCUGAUAGCUGGCCAAUGGAAUUUGAUGACCAUAAUGCUCGGCAAGAUUGGGGAUGGAAGCAUGAAUAUGAUCUUCCUGAGCUGGUGUUCACAAUGUUAAAUUUCUGCACAACUGCCAGACAGCUGAUGCAAGCAAAUUAGUAAAGGAGAGAAAAUUUUGAAGGACCAGAAUCUUCAAGGGGAUCCAAUAUACAUACAACUUACUGCAAUAGUUAAUUUGUAAAACCUUUUGUGUAAAUAGUCCUUUACCUGUACUUGAACUGACCUGACAACUAGAUUUGAUAUGUAUUUUGUGGAAAGAAGAUUCAAGUAAUAAUUAGUGUUAGUAAACUGGAUUAAGACUUCUUUAAAAUUCAUUAAUGCUGUUGAUUCUACUGCGGAAAUGCUGUUACCAAAACUCUUGUCAACAUUUAGGACAAAAUCUUUUAUUUCAGGCUUUGUAUCUAAGCUUUCAGAUUUAUGUUUUACUCGGAGUAAAGAAUGUUUUGAGGGAUGUGGUGCUAAGGUAAGUGAAGUGUUGCUCAAAAAGUAUAAUUGGGAUGUUUAGUUUUACUGUCACAAAGCAGAAUCUAUGUACUUCAUGAAUUGAUCUUGAGCCAUCAAUCUUUUCAAGCAUGUAGGAAAGAACUGCAGAUGCUAAUUUAAAUCAAAGAGAGAUACAAAACGUUGGAGUAACUCAGUGGGAGAGGCAGCAUCUCUGGAGAGAUGGAGUGGGUAAUGUUUCGGGUCGAGACCCUUCUUCCCGAAACAUCACCCAUUCCUUCUCUCCAGAGAUGCUGUCUGUCCCGCAGAGUUACUUCAGCAUUUGAAUCUUUUAAAGCACUUAUGUUUAUGUUGGGUGCAGUUUAUUUAUUCAGCUGAAGAUAUUAUAAAUUGCAGUUUCCAAAAAAAGUUAAGAUUUUUAAUAUCCAAAACAAAUAUUGAUAUGCAGAUUAGUAUUCGAUUAAAAUGUAACAUUUUGUAGAAUACUUAGUCUUGACUUGCAUAAUUAUAGUAUUAUGCACUUCUGUGAUGAAUGAUCAUCAAUGUAGAAAUAUAAUGGAAACUGCACACAUUUCUAAUAUAUUUUGUGUUACAGUUGUGAUUUUUUAAAUUCUACCAUUGCAUUUCAUAUCCUACUAUCUGCAGUGGCUUUUGAGAUGUCUAGGCAUGAAUGUGCUUGUGUUUUGCUUCAUUCCAAAGUAGUUAUGGAUAAACAAUAGUAAAAAUGAACAUCUAAUACUCUUCUGUGAAUUCCAUUUCCUAACUUUGAAGGUCAUGCACAAGUUACAGAUUCUUCGAUUGACAGCUUCAUUGUAAAGUAAAAUCCAUGCUUCAUUUAUUACAAAAUGGUAUUUACAUUAAAUUUCCAAUAUGGCAUUUGAGUUUAAGAA